GACAUGAUCCUCCACAAGAGUAUAUAAACUGCAGUUUUGCCCAUAGAAAAAUACAGAAAGCUGGUCGGAGCAAGGCUGACUGCAAGAAACUCGACACCAUCAUCAAGACAGAUUGUUUCCAACUGUGCUGUAGGUGGUCGCACAUUGACGAGGACAAUGAGUUACGGGAACAUCAUGUUGGUUGAUACAAGUGGAGCGUCCAGGGAAACAGCCAAUCAAGAUCGCCUGUCGUGUGAAGGAGUGGCUGCAUCCAACGCCAUGGCACAAACAGAUCUGGAUAGAAUGAACAGAUACAAGAGCAUCAUCCAGAGAGUAGGAGCGCAAAAGGGAAUUGAUCCUGCUAUUAUUGCUGGCAUCAUUUCCAGAGAGUCCAGGGCUGGAAAUACGUUGCAAAAUGGCUGGGGAGACCAUGGCAAUGCCUGGGGACUCAUGCAGGUUGAUAAAAGGUAUCACUCUCCACGAGGCGGAUGGAAUAGCGAGGAACACCUCUGCCAAGGCAGAGACAUCUUAAUCGGUGUGAUCGGUGAUAUCAGAAGGAAGUUCCCGAACUGGACUGCAGAACAACACCUCAAAGGCGGGUUGGCAGCCUACAACAUGGGCCCCCCUUGCGUGGAAACGUAUGACAGCGUUGACAGGAAGACCACUGGACACGACUAUUCUAAUGAUGUUGUUGCUAGAGCUCAGUGGUACAAACGCAGAGGAGGCUUUUAGAGUUAAAUUGCUACAAUGGAGAAACCCUCUAAGCAUCGAAUAAACACGAGUCAAACUGA